CAGCACUUGGCAAACAGCUGCCGGUUUGUUAUUUAACAUUGGCCCCUUAACAACACAAGUCAAAGUUAAAUAAAAGUGAUAUUUAAUGGAUUUCCUGACACAAGUGUUUGCCAAGGCUUCAGCGACAACGGAAACAAUACCCGCCGCCGUCGUAGUGAACGAUACAAAGCCCGUAACAGACACAAAGGAGAGCAGCACACCGAGUAAAGAGCCAAAGGAAUGGGGUUAUGAUCUUUAUCCAGAACGUCGUGGCGAGGUCUACAAACCGAAAUGGUCGCGAAUCCUGAUGGGGAUGGAGGGCAAGGAGAACAUCGAUCGCUACAAGUGCGAACAGAAUGUGUAUUGGUGUGUGAAAAAUGGUCCGCUGGUCAAACUGAUGAUGGGCGCCCUGCGCAGUUCUGGUUGUCCCAUGGACCUGCGGCGGCACAUCUCGUGCGAGGUGUGUGAUCCAACGGUGACCGGUGGCUAUGACCCAGUGCUCAAUCAGAUAGUCGUCUGCCAGAAUAUGGCUACGAAUAAGAGCAUGGUACAUGGUGUUUUAACACACGAAAUGAUUCACAUGUUUGACUAUUGCAAUAAUGAUUUGGAUUUUCGUAAUGUGGAUCAUUUGGCCUGCACCGAAAUCCGUGCGGCGAAUCUUGCGCAUUGCUCUUUCCUCAGCGCCAUGAUGCAGGGCGAUGCAUCGCCAUUCAAUGUCAAGGAAGCGCAUCAGAACUGUGUCAAAUCAAAGGCACUUGCUUCUGUGCUCGCCGUGCGCAAUAUAAGCCAUGAACAGGCCGUGGCUGCUGUGGAGCGAGUGUUUCCCAAGUGCUAUGCGGAUCUGGAGCCGAUUGGUCGUAGAAUACGGCGUAAUUCAACGGAUCAGCAGAAGGCAUUCAUGGAGGCGCCCAUGUACGGCUACGAUGUCUAUUAGCACAGGCUACAUACAACAAAAUUAAUUACACUCUUUGUUAAUGUUGGGCAAUAAAAAUAUGUUUUAAGAGAUGAAUUGAACAAAGGGCAAUU